AUGUCACAGCACUUUAGCUCAGAGCAGCAGGAGGAGGUACAGCAGCAGGAGGUGCAGCAGCAGGAGGAGGUGCAGCAGGAGGAGGUGCAGCAAGAGGAGGUGCAGCAGCAGGAGGUGCAGCAGGAGGAGGAGGUGCAGCAGCAGGAGGAGGUGCAGCAGCAGGAGGAGGUGCAGCAGGAGGAGGUGCAGCAGCAGGAGGAGGUGCAGCAGCAGGAGGAGGUGCAGCAGCAGGAGGAGGUGCAGCAGCAGGAGGAGGUGCAGCAGGAGGAGGUGCAGCAGGAGGUGCAGCGCUGGUGA